GCUGAGUGUUCGUUCAUUCCAGCAUGUCGGAAGGGGAAUCCCAAACAGUAGUCAGCAGUGGCUCAGACCCAAAGGUAGAAUCCUCCUCUUCGGCUCCUGGCCUGACUUCAGUGUCGCCUCCUGUGACCUCUACAACCUCAGCUGCUUCCCCCGAGGAGGAAGAAGAAAGUGAAGAUGAGUCUGAGAUCUUGGAAGAGUCCCCCUGUGGACGCUGGCAGAAGAGGAGAGAAGAGGUGAAUCAGCGUAAUGUACCAGGUAUUGACAGUGCAUACCUGGCCAUGGAUACAGAGGAAGGUGUGGAGGUUGUGUGGAAUGAGGUACAGUUCUCUGAACGCAAGAACUACAAACUGCAGGAGGAAAAGGUCCGUGCAGUGUUUGAUAAUCUCAUUCAAUUGGAACAUCUUAACAUCGUUAAGUUUCACAAGUAUUGGGCUGAUGUUAAAGAGAAUAAAGCCCGGGUGAUUUUCAUCACAGAAUACAUGUCAUCUGGAAGCCUUAAGCAGUUUCUGAAGAAGACCAAAAAGAACCACAAGACUAUGAAUGAAAAGGCUUGGAAACGCUGGUGCACACAGAUCCUAUCUGCCCUAAGCUACCUGCACUCCUGUGACCCUCCCAUCAUCCAUGGGAACCUGACCUGUGACACCAUCUUCAUCCAGCACAACGGACUCAUCAAGAUUGGCUCUGUGGCUCCUGACACUAUCAACAAUCAUGUGAAGACUUGCCGGGAAGAGCAGAAGAACCUACACUUCUUUGCGCCAGAGUAUGGAGAAGUUACUAAUGUGACAACAGCAGUGGACAUCUACUCCUUUGGCAUGUGUGCUCUGGAGAUGGCAGUACUGGAGAUUCAGGGCAAUGGAGAGUCCUCAUAUGUGCCACAGGAAGCCAUCAGCAGUGCCAUCCAGCUAUUAGAAGACUCACUACAGAGGGAGUUUAUUCAAAAGUGCCUGCAGUCUGAGCCUGCUCGAAGACCAACAGCCAGAGAACUACUUUUCCACCCAGCACUAUUUGAAGUGCCCUCACUCAAACUUCUUGCUGCUCACUGUAUUGUGGGACACCAACACAUGAUCCCGGAGAACGCUCUGGAGGAGAUCACCAAAAACAUGGAUACCAGUGCUGUACUAGCUGAGAUCCCUGCAGGGCCAGGACGAGAGCCAGUUCAGACUUUGUACUCUCAGUCACCAGCCCUGGAAUUAGACAAAUUCCUUGAAGAUGUCAGGAAUGGGAUCUACCCUCUGACAGCCUUUGGGCUCCCUCGGCCUCAGCAGCCACAGCAGGAGGAGGUGACAUCACCUGUUGUGCCCCCCUCUGUCAAGACUCCAACUCCUGAGCCUGCUGAGGUGGAGACACGAAAGGUGGUGCUGAUGCAGUGCAACAUCGAAUCAGUGGAGGAGGGAGUCAAACACCAUCUAACCCUUCUGCUGAAGCUGGAGGACAAACUGAACCGGCACCUGAGCUGUGACCUGAUGCCAAAUGAGAACAUCCCGGACUUGGCAGCUGAGCUGGUGCAGCUGGGCUUCAUUAGUGAGGCUGAUCAGAGCCGCCUGACUUCUCUGCUCGAGGAGACCCUCAACAAGUUCAAUUUUGCCAGGAACAGCACCCUCAACUCAGCCGCUGUCACCGUCUCCUCAUAGAGCUCACUUGAGCCAGGCCCCUAUCUGAGUGUGGCUGUCCCUGGACAUGCUGCAGUCCUCCUGUCCCUUCCUCCCCAGUCAGUAUUACCCUGUGACGCCCCUUCUCCCCCUUAUUAUUCAGGAGGGCUUUGGGGGCUCCCUGGUUGAGCAUCAUCCUGCCCCUCCUCCCCCUCCUCCCCUCUGCACUUUGUUUACUUGUUUUGCACAGACGUGGGCCUGGGCCUUCUCAGCAGCCACCUUCUAGCUGGGGCUAGUAGCUGACCUGCUGGCUCCUGCCCUGCCUGUGUGGACAGGAGGCCCACAGGCUCUGGGGGAGCUGAGUUCUACAAUCCCGCUGGGGAGGAUGGGCGGGAGAGAAAGGUGGUGCUGCAGGGGUGGCCCCGGGGGCCAUUCGAAUCGCCUCAGUUGCUGCUGUAAUAAAGUCUACUUUUUGCUAAAA